AUGCAGGGCCAGCGAGUUAUCGACGAUGAGCACAUCCAGUCACACUCACCUGCUUCAGCUGCUGCCUUGCAGCAGGGCAGCACGGGCCAGGCUGACUACUCCCAUCAUCAUCAGCCGAGUCAAGGGGUAGAGGCAGGUGCAGGUGCGGGUGCGGAGGCAGAGGCAGAGGCAGGGGCAGAGCAGAUGACCCAUGCUCCCGUCUUCUUUCCUGCCAGCUACCCUUCCGCUCCGUCCGGCAGCGGCGACUCUCCUUCCACUUCCACUGGCAUAUAUGCGCCCUACAAUCCACCACACUAUCCUAUUCAGCACGAUUCGCACAUUCACUUUCUUGACCUUCCUCACACUGCAGCUCAGGCUGCUGCGAGCCCGACAGAGCAACAUUCUGCAGCAGCACCGGAUCCGACUCCGGCGCGCUUCGUCGUCGCCAACGGCUCAGCUACAUCCCCUUCCGACGCUCUCACGCCCUCCACUUUGGCUUCACCCGUCGUCGAGCGCGAGAUCGAGGCGCAGCAGGCGGUCGAUGCGGAGCGGACUACACCGCAGACUGCGAGCAAGCGAGACAGAGAGGCUGAGCUGCAAGGACCGAUCACAUCGCGCCAUGACCAGCGAUUCACGCAUGGUUACGCUCGUCUGCUGUUGCACGAGAGCGACCAAUUCAUGCAACACCUACGACCAGGCAUCGUCUCUGCACGUCAAGUCGAGCAGUACGAGUACUUCGGCUCCGACCUGCACAAGUAUCGCUGCAAACGCAAACGAGCACGUCGUCGCGGCAACUCGUCUGAGCUAUCCAGCGAUUCGGAUGCAUCCCGCUCCGAUUCGUCCAUCGCUUCUUCCAACGACGAGUCUGCCUGGACGUUGGAAGAGUUGGAGAGAUUGUGGCCCGCUCUGGCUCGUCACUCCAAGCAGAGACCAGACCUGAUAGCAGACGACGUGGGAAAGCCAAUCCAGCAGAUCUGCCUGCUCAUAGGUCUGCUGGAACAUCGACGAACCGCUGGGCAAGACAAUCAUAGCUUGCGGCAAAGGGCUAACACGGUGCAUCGAAGGAUGCCACAAGCUGUCGAAGUGAGCCGCGAGUGGCUCGAGGUGGAAGAGGCUCAGGCAAAGGCGAUACACGUGCGCGAAGCUUGGCUGCUCAAUAAGCUCGCAUGCGAAGAGGCACAUGAUGCCCCUUCGAGUCGAAUGCAGCACGAUUCCGACGCACAAGUCGUCGCUGGACCUUCCACCAUCUCCUUGGCGCCCAUGAUGAUGGGGGCCGGGGAGGUAAUGAUGAGCAGCGAGGCUUCAAUGCCAGCUCAUGGCGAUGCCCAGACAACGAUGCAGGAGCUAUCCGAUAGCAUGCAUUUGCCCAUCAGCUGGGACGAGCAGGUGCGCAAUUGCUGCCUCUUUCUGCGGCACGCAUUGCAAAGGCAAGAGAAGCAGGUGGUGGAUCAAGCACGGCAGCCACCUGCCAUACACUCGAUACGCGAAGCCAUCCUGAUACUCUGCUCCACAUCUAGUGUCAUUGGCAGCUACCUCGACUUUGCCAAGACGCACCCUGUGCCGCGAUGGGAGACAAAGGCGGCGACCACACGAUAUCUGCAACCCGUGCCCGAACAAAACGAGAGCUUUUGGUCCACCGCUACAGACUUGGGCUUGCUAUUCUGGACGGAUGA